AUGCCUCCACCACGUUACCACCUCAGCCUCGCCUACUACGUGCACUAUUUGCCCGAGCAGCUCCGCCCAUUCCAGGUGCCGGUAGUGCGCCCUCGGAUGACGCAUCUCCGGUGCGGGCUGUGCAACAGCGUGGAGCUGGGGGACACGGAGAAGCCGCUGCACCAGUGCUCGAACUGCUACAGCUGCUUUCAUCUGGACUGUGUCGCGCAGCUGAGAGUUAAUGAGCUGACCGAGCGAGACACCCGGCUGGUCUACGGCUGCGCGAGCUGUGGCACGCCGUGGUUGACUCCGCAGCACUCUGCCGAGGAACGGGGACAGCCCACGAGCCCGGGGCAAAUAGAGAAUAGAGUGGACUCUCAGAUCCUCUACCAAUACCAGCGGAACGAGCAGGGCGAUUAUGUGUGUACUGUCCGCAAGUCGGAUGGUAAGCCAUGCGGGGUGACUGCGGCGUUCUGGGAUGCAUUUGCGGCUCACCAUGCGUGCCAGCAUGAGUCCUGGCGGUGA